CGGAAAAGAUGAUAGAAUCUUAACGGAGAAAUAAACUUCCUUGUUCUUUGUUGUUGAGCUGGUGAAGGAAUAUGCCCUCUUGUGCGUCUUGUUCCCGUCCCUGUGGACCCUGGUCUGCGUGUAGUGUUACCUGCGGAAUUGGGAACCGGGGAAGAACAAACGAUCGUGGAUGCAUGGACGUGGAUAUAUGCACCCAGCCGAUAUGCCCAGAAACAACAUCAUUGACGACCCAAGGAAUAUACAAAGGAUCAGACGGAAUAACUAGCACUGUAGCUUCAACGUCUGUCUACAAUUCAAGUGCAAAAGCGAGUUCGAAAGUCGCAGAAACAACAACAUUAACGACCCAAGAAAUAUACCGAGGAACAGACAUAACAAAAAGCACUGUAGCUUCAACACUUUUUGACACAUCAAGUGCAACAGAGCGCCUAAAGAUCGCAGAUGCCCGAGACACGGGAGAUGGCCUGUUACCAGUGAAGGUUGCUGUACCGGUCGGCGUGUGUCUAUUUGUUGCAGUUAUAUUGACAGUGUUUCUUCUAAAGCGACGAAGCCAUCGGAAGACGACAAAGGAUGGUGAAAACAUCGAUGCCCCGACCGAACUUAAAAAUAUUUCGGGUUGCGUCACUAUAACAAGGGAGGCUGAAGUCAAUGCUUCUGACGUCAUCGAUCCUGACAUCGAUAGAUCUUCAACAUAUGAUAUCAACCCUUUAUACGACUCUUCAAAUACUGAGAAUUACUAUAAUCAUGUGAGGAGAAAUGAAACAGACAUAUAUCCGGAAUAUACUUGCGUUGUUAAACGCAAGCAUGAAUCGAGCAAUCAAAACGAAUACACAAUUUUUAACGGUGGAGUGGGAAAUGAAAAAAACUAACCAAAUUUACAAUAAAGAUCACCUUCGACAAAAGGGCAUUCCCUGAAAUGUUCGAACAUUAUGUUUGAUGAUUCACUUCUGAUUAAGGAGUAACUAAAAUGCAAUGUGAAAUUCAUUUGACACGUUUGUUAUUGACAACCAGCUGAAAUAUCUUAUUGUACAUGUUUAUAUUUAAAUUUUGUUUCUUUUGAAACAACCGGACGAAACAUAUUUUAUAUGACAUAAUCUCUAUUUCACAGUUUGAUAAGUGUAUCCAAUGUUUAAAACCGUGGUAUUUGUAUGCCAUAUAAUCCAUUCAAUUCAAUAUACUCGAUCCCGUAGCACGUAAACCCACACCAUAUCGUUCCCAAUUCAAAAC